UUGUUCUUUUAUUUUUUGUAGUUAAAUACGUCAAGAUGAGUCAUCCUCAUGAAUCAAAUCGCCCUUUCUUCCAUUUUGAAAAUCCUUUCCGUAUGAUAUCACCUAAGGGUUCUCAGUUGUCUCCAAGACUUCUUUCUUUAUUGAACACUUUUGAGGCCACCUUAUCAAAGAGGCUAGAAAAACUUGUGCCUAAAGAUAAGGGUGACAUCCUCAGCUUGUCAUGGAUGAAAUUGACAAUGGAGUUACUUUCUGAGAUUCAUUGUGACAUAAUGAACCUGAUAACCGAGCUUGACCUCCCUGUGACUGAUUGGGAUGAAAAAUGGAUGGAUGUAUACCUAGAUAUCAGUGUGAAGCUUCUUGAUAUUAGUAAUGCUUUUACUUCUGAGCUUACACGGGUCAACCAAGGCCAUCUCAUACUUCAGUAUGUCUUGCAUAAGUUGGAGUCUGACUCCCCAAAGCAGUUCACAUGGGCCUCUUCCUCACUUGAUAACUAAAAAGAGCACCUUAGCUCCAAAAUCCCCAUAAUUGAA